AUGCCAUCGAUGCACUUGGCCCUGCGAGCUCCCAAAGACCAAGGAUUGCACAUGCUCACAUACGAUGGUGUCAAUGCGCUCACGGGCAUUCAUCGAGAAUGGGAUCGUCUCGAACGACUCUGCAAUUCCAUUCGAAGAGGGGCUUGGAGAGGUGUCACGGGACACAUGAUUCGUAAUGUCGUCGUUAUUGGAAAAGGCGUUGCCAUUCAAGCACUCCAAUUCGUACAGGCAGCUCUGCUGCAGGAUGAAACGGCAAUCAUGGCCAGUCGAUUUGGAUUGGACAAUAGUUCGAGCGCCAUGGCAGCAGCUACCAAAGACUGGAGUGGUCGAUUGCUUCAAGUUCGUCGAAGUGCGGGUACUACUUCUACUACGAAUACUCCUCAUGCUAAUGUCCGACCCCGAUGCAACAAAUGGGUCUUGCUCACAGUCGGGAGUCCAUUGGCGCGGAAUCGUUUGUUGGCGGAAUUGGAUGCCGCGAGUACCAUGGUGAUUAGUUUUGCAUUGCAGGGGAAUGAAGAAACCGGAUUGGCCACGGCGACUUUGAAAUCGUGGCUGCUGCAACAAUUGGCACCCAAAAAGGUCGACAGUGUACUCAGCAAACACAUGUUGCUGAUUACGGGAAAUGAUCAGAUUGCCACGACCAUUAACAAACCGGAAUCGGUCUUUCUCAUACCCGAGCAUUCCCGAUGCGAAGCAUUCACGUCGUUCUCGGCGGCUACAUUGUUGCCACUCUCCAUUGUGUACGGAUGGUCCAUUUGUGAACAUUUCCUCACGGGAGCUCAUGACAUGGAUUGCCACUUUGUGGAAACCAAUCCAAGGCACAAUCUGCCCGUCUUGCUGGCACUCACGGAUGUGUGGAAUGACACGUUUUUUGGAGCGGCGUCGUCGGGGCGGAUUGUGACUCCCUUUACCCGCUCCAUGAAUGGAUUUCCUGCCUUUGUCGCCGCACUGGAAGCACAAUCCCUCAUUGCCAAGACCAACAACCAACCAACGAAAAAUCAACUGUCGUUCGCAUCUGGCACCAAUGCCCGUCCUGCUUGCUCGUCCUGUGUUGGAAAUGGAGGAAGUGACAGUGCCUACGAUCGAGCACUGUACCAGUCUUCCAAGAUUCAGUAUUCCGAACUGGUCAUGGUGAUGAACACGCAACUCAAGGCCAACACGGCGCGGAAUCUUGGAGCUCAAGGAAUGGAAGAUUCUUGCUCAUGCAGAUGCCUCGGUGAUUUUCUUUCCUCUUUGCCAUGCGAGAAAUGGCAUUUGGUGGCGGAGCCAAGGAAGACUCUUGGAACAACAAUGACAAUAGUGGUGCUGCCAGUACGACCGGCAGUGAGGCAUAUGCCAACCAACCCGUACUGCCAAAACACUACUUUCAAAAGCAAGAGCAUCUCCUCCGUCAACAGCAUCAAAACAACAGCAACCAGCAGCAGCCGCUGUCUUCGCAAGGAAACCGCCCCAGCACUCUGUUGA